AAAAAAUCAGACUCGGGCUCAGAGCCCCAGUUCUCUGAGAUCCCCAUUUAAUUUCGAUGUGCCAUCAUUGUUGGUCAAGAUGUGAUCCUGAAAUCCUGAAGACAAUGCCUAUUGUCCUUAAUCACCCGCAGUUUGGAGAACAAAAUGGCAUCAGAUAGUGCUUGAUUUGUGGACUCACCCAAUACCCAAGAUGGUCAUUGUCACAGCAGCCGAGCCUCCUCCGGGGCAGACAUACGACUUUGACUACUCCAAGCGCUACUUAUACCGAGCCAACGUGGCGAUUAUCUCCGCAGGUUUAACACUCAGUACCAGCUUUCUUGCGGUGCGAGUCUUCACCAAAGCACGCCUGCUGCACAAAUUCGGAUGGGACGAUGUAUCGAUUAUUCUGGCUUGGCUGUUCGCAUUAGGCACUCAGGCAUGCUCACUUUACGGGUACCGUCACGGAGGCAUGGGACUUCACCUAUGGAAUCUUCCUCCUGAAGUCUAUGAAUCCUACAUCAAGGUCGUCUUCACGGCAGCAAUUAUCUACGUCCCAGCGCUUGCACUUGCAAAGAUCAGCCUUAUCAUACUAUACUACCGCAUCCUUUGUCAGGAACACUACCAGCGAUGGACACUCUACGCCCUCGCCUUCAUUGUCAGCAGCUACAGCAUAGCCCUGAUUUUCGCCUUCAUCUUUGGGUGCCAGCCAGUCCACAAAGCCUGGAGUCUAUCAGUCACAGGGUCUUGCAUCGACCAGUACGCACUCUACGUCGCGACAGCAGUCAUGAACAUCAUCACAGACAUUGCAUUGAUCAUUGUUCCGGUUCCAACCGUAAUAGGUUUGAACAUGCCAACCGUUCAGAAGAUAGGACUGCUGUUCAUGUUCAUGGUCGGAUGCGCCACCCUGGUUACCGGCAUCAUUCGUCUAAUAACCCUUAUCCCUUUCUUGAACUCCAGCGAUCCGACACAUGCUAUCGGCUGGCCGGAUCUGUGGAUUAACAUCGAAGCCAACUUCAUUAUUAUCUGCCCCUGUCUACCUUUUCUCCGACACCUGCUCCGUCGGUACGCGCCCCGCUGGAUUGGCGAGCAUAGCAGUCUCGCCCGUCGCUACAUGCAGAACUAUGCCUAUAAUUAUACUCGAGAAAGCACUCGGGGACGACGCAAGGAGGGCCUCACUCAGCUGCAAGAUGAGAUUGAGCUGGCCGAAAAUCUGGGGAGCGUGCAUAGUGGAGUAAGGAUCGUGAAAGAGAUCCAGUGGGAGAUCACAACAGAGGAAACGGACGCUCAUGAACCUGGACCUGAGAAAGUUAUGAAGCGGCACAGUACAAUCUCCGGAGGGGUAUAGUACUUUCGUUUGUAUAUAUGGUCUUAAAAUAGUCACUGGGAAAACCUGGAGGUAUUCCGGGCC